AUUUUAUUAUUAGUCGUUCUAGAUUCUCCUAUCCACGUACCAUACCUGCAAUGAUUGCAAAAACAAUAAUUGCGAGCUGCUUAAAUGCAACAUCUUUGAAAAAAAAGAAAAAAGUUGAUGCAGACUCAAAAAAAAAAACGAAAUAAAAACACACAAAAAAAACGUUCCAUAGUACCCCUACAAAACCUACCCCAUUAACAGGGGGGUGGCAAAACAUUAACAAUCGCACUCUUCAUCCAUUCUGCGUCCCUCUCAAUCGGGCGCAAGCUUGUAUCGAUCCGUCACGUUCUAAGGGUGAAAAAUAUUUCGGUCACGGUCUAGCAAAAUCGAUUUUCCCGUGUUUCCACGGAGUGUCACUUAUGAUGUGCCUGUAGGAAGCCGCGUCCGCGAUCCAGCACGUAAAUACCAAACAAGUUCCGUUAGAAAUUGAAAACUAACAACAAUUUUUUUUAUCUUAGAUAUUUUCUUGUGGCUGUAUACGUUUUAAUAGAAAAAUAUUCGUAGAAAAAGGGUGUGAACGUUCAUCGCAUCGAGGAAGAGGUCGUAUCCGUUAUGACGUUGCGGCGGUGAGAUGGAAGGUAUUCCGAUGGAGCCAAUAGGCAAAUACAAAGCAGACAGGAACGGUUCAGCGAAAGCAGCGGCCUGGCGUAAUAUGGUCGAUCAAGAUCUGGAUGACGUGGCAUUUCUAGCUGACACAGAUAAGGCGCGUGAAGCCAGAGAGCUCCGCGACGCUCCCGUGGCCGUCUGCUCACAGCGCCGAGCGGUUUGCCUCACUGUUCUGGCCUUCGCUACGAUCUUCGCCACGUCCUUGCUGGUCGUGUACGCCAGUCCACAGCCGGAAUGUCCGUGUGCUGAGGAAACGACUUUAAUAGUUGGACAGCCACCGACGGACGCGGAUAACGUGGCUUCAUCAGCUAACAAAGAACGCAUCGCUAGCAAUGGCGCGGUGUUCCCGUGGCGCGGUGCGAGGUUGCCAACGUUCGUGAUACCAAAACACUACAGUCUGUGGCUGCAUCCGAAUCUGACCACAGGCGAAUUGAGAGGUGAAGUUUCGAUUGACCUGAAGGUGGACAGAGACACCACGUUUGUGGUGCUCAACGUGAGAGACAUGAACGUGACCGAACGGGCGCUCUUCAAGUCGGGAGGAUCUCUGGGACCGAAAAUCUCUAGGGUCUUAGAUUACCCGCAAGCCGAUCAGACUUACAUUGAAUUUAAGGAGAAAAUACGAAGAAAAUAUAACUACACAUUGAGUUUGCGUUUCAUCACGAGAUUGGAGAGGAGUGACAAGCAGAGAGGCUUCUUCUUGACCGGAAACCAAAGACAUCGCUGCGCUGUCUCCAGAUUUUGGUUGACCCACGCACGAUCCACUUUCCCUUGUUUCGAUGAGCCCAAUUUAAGGGCCAGCUUCAAGCUGACCAUAGUAAGAGACAGGUUCCACGUGUCUCUUACGAACAUGCCCAUAGUUGCGACAGAAGAAGCGGGAUUCUAUCUUGGACACAGACUCCUCCAGGACGAAUUCGCCACCUCGCCCCCCAUGCCCCCCCACAUGGUGGCGGUGGCGGUCUGCCGUCUCCAAAGAGCGUCAGCGCCGACACCGGAGGCUAACACAACCGACGCCACCGAAGCGGAGACCGACGGAGAUACCAGCACAGCACCAGAGAUCAGCCUUUACACUGACCACCCGAGCAUAUUACAGGAGAGCGGACCGCUUCUCGAAUGGUUGCAGAAAACCAUCCAGCAGUUCAGUUACGAGUUGAACACGUCGUAUCCUCUACCGAAAUUCGAUGUCGUGGUGGUUGACAGCGCCAACCACUAUUCAGAAGGUUGGGGCCUCAUUACUCUCGCGCCAGCCACUUUAUCUGACACCAAAACUAUAGCAAGACUUUUGGCACAGCAGUGGUUCGGAGGCCUAGUCUCUCCAAGAUGGUGGGCGUCGCAGUGGCUGAUGGAAGCCCUAACAUCGCUAAUAGCUGAAAAAGCACCGCCCUUCAAAAAUUCCGCCCUGAAGCAAGAAGAAGCUUUGCUGCUCGACCAUGUUCUGCCAGCACUGAGGUUAGACUCUGGAAGUACAGUUCGGGCGGUCGCGGCAUUGAGACUCGAACGCGCCGACAUCGAGUCGGCUACGGAUGAACUCUCUCUGCACAAGGGUGCUGCCAUAGUUAGUAUGGCAAUCGAAGCAGCCGGUGAGGAAACUGGCCGAGCAGCACUCGCGCGUCUGUUGCGCGAUCACCGCUAUGCAAGCGCCGACGCCAGAGAUUUAUGGCGGGCGUUGCAACGUGACAACCCUGACGAUGCAUCGGUGCAGGCCCACGCGUGGGACGGCUGGUGCGAGAAGCCAGGGUAUCCGUUGCUGAGCGCGACGACAGUCGGAGAUGACGUCAUUCUCAAACAAGAAAGGUUCCUGAUGACGGCCGAACCACCACCCCCAGAGCCUCCAAUGCUGAACGACCUCCUCACUCAGGACUUGAGAGCCGAUCUCGAAGCAUUGUUCUUUGAUCCAGAAAACUACACGGACGCUACCGAAGAGGACUACAAUGCCACCACCACGACCACCCCACUCCCAACCACCACCACCAAGAAGCCGUCGCCGAAGACGACGAAGCUGCCGCCACCGAAAUGGAUUAUCCCGAUUACCUUCACCGUUGGCCCCCUGGAAGCAGACCCGGAGGAAAUCCACACAAUGCACAACGGAACUUGGUACGACAUUGGAAACGAGACAAAGCCGCUUCAGACAUCGCGAUGGACGGAGAACACGACGCAUCUGGUCUGGAUGAACGAUACCGAAAUGGUCAUACCGGAUCUAGGUAAACACAAAUGGAUCAGAUACAACGUCGGAGCUCGUGGACUGUACCGGGUCGCGCCACAGGACCGAGCAGGGGAGGAGGCUUCCGAUGCUGCUCGCGUUUACGAUGGCGCUUCGGCCGCUGAAAGAGCCUUGAUUUUAGAUGAUGCCUUCGUCCUGAGCCGAGCCGGGAGACUGCCGGCCAGUCGAGCUAUAGUCGUAGCUGCCCGGAUCCGGGGCGAACAGCACUGGGCUCCGUGGCGAGUGGUCCUCUCGCACAUGUCGUGGUGGCGCGAGUUGCUCAGGGAAGGGGCAGCCGCUCCCGCCCUAGCGCGUCUGCUGGCCACGUUGCACCCACCGAUCGCGCUGCGUCACCAACGCGACGCCGACUCCGACGAUCACUUGUGGCUGCGCGGAGCCCUCCUCGCGUCCGGAGUGGAGUGGGGCAAUCAAGGGAUCACGAACGAAGCCGUACAGUUGUUCGACCUCUGGAUGGAGAAAAAUCACACGAUACCGGAGAUAUACCAGGAGGCGGCGUUCACUGCGGGCGUUCGGACACACGGGCGGGUCGCGUGGCGCGCGUGCUGGCGAGCACUCGUGGACUCGUAUUCGGCGCCGCGCCCUACAUACAGCCACAGAGCCCUGCUGGCGGCGCUCGCGUCGCCCGAAGACGACUGGCUGUUCUACAGGUUCGCGUUCACCGUCCUCUCGACGGAGGCUCAGCGUGGCCGCGACUGGACUGAGUGGAUCACCGCACUCUACACGAGCACAUGCAGAUGGCGCGGCGCUGCUGGCAUUUGGAGGAUCCUAAGACCUGAAACCUCGCUACCAGCGUCGGCGCUCCAAGCAGCCGCCCGCUGUCUCCACCAGCCCUACGACUAUUAUCGGUUUAAGGAGUUGUUCGGUGAGCUUCGAGAUUCGCAAUCGUGGCUGGACACGAUAGCCCUGAACGCUGCCUGGGUGUCCAAAGCGGAUUCGGACCUGGCCCGAUAUUUCGCGACCCUACACGACCCACAGAGCCAUUAGAUUAAAUCGCCACAAAUUCGAAUAACCAAAGUUGACUUUAAAAAUAUCUGUUGUCUGUAAAGUCGGUUUACUGACGGUAGUUGAACGUGACAACGUCAUAAGAAAAUACUGAUGGAAUGGUUUCAUGGUUCAAAAGAAAAUUUUAAUUUUAUUUGUUUGAUAGAUAUUUUGUAUGGACAAUUGACACCACAUUCACUUUUCACUGAACUUCAUACUUGACGAAAACAUGUAAAUGUAUUAUUGUAUAGCAGCUGUCCACGCGGAUGCAUCGCUCACUCAAGUAGGAGAGAGACAGAUGUCGAACGCUGCCGAACGCGGAGGCCGAUUGUGCCUCUUUAUCGCUCGUUGCGCGCUCUCGCUUACACUUCAAGCCUUAAAUGGAACGCCUCAGAGCGAGGUAACGCCGCAUGAGUCACGUUUUUUCGGGCGUGCAGCCGGCUCCAUCGAAUUAUAAGACGUUGUCACGUCAAAACAUGACGUGUGUAAUAACAAACAUUUUACGAGAGCUCCCAAAUGCUUUGUUCUGGAACUUUUUUGCGACAACAAUUUUAUUAUAGUUUCAAUGUAACCUUUUACUAGUGGUAGGACCUCUUGUGAGUCCGCGCGGGUAGGUACCACCACCCUGCCUAUUUCUGCCGUGAAGCAGUAAUGCGUUUCGGUCUGAAGGGCGGGGCAGCUGUUGUAACUAUACUCAGACUUUAGAACUUAUAUCUCAAGGUGGGUGGCGGCAUUUACGUUGUAGAUGUCUAUGGGCUCCAGUAACCGCUUAACACCAGGUGGGCUGUGAGCUCGUCCACCCAUCUAAGCAAUAAAAAUUUAUAUAUAUUAGUAAUGUCGUAAACAAUGUGAAGAUAAAAGCAAAAACAAAAAAAAAUAAGCCGAGAUAUUAAAUUUUUUAUUAAGUUUUAUUUAAUUUAAAUUUAGACUAAUUUCUGAGUUUAAAUACUGAUUAUAUCAUCGUGGUAGAACAAUUUAUUUUGCCCGUAACUAAUAUUCUUCCUAAUGAAGUUGCCUUUAUGUAAUAUAAUUGUAUCAGAACAUAUUAUAAAAUCACAUCUACAUAGCAUACUAUGAUGUUGUAUAUCGAGGGGUAAAAAGCUAUGUGGUUUAAGUGACAUUUUUGCAACUUUACAUUAGAGCAAUUUAAAGUUUGAAAUUUGAAAAGAAUAUAACAUAACAAAAAAACUUCUUCAGCUAUUUCGAAUGGAGUAAACUUAAUUAAAGUUCAAUUGAAUAUGCAAUUUCGAUAAGGGCACAUGUCGCAUAUUUUGUCAAAUACGUUUUUUCAUAUACAUGUAGUUUUGAGGCUUACCUACACCCAUUUUAUUAAUAAUUCCAGUGAUUUUCAAUUGCUAAUUAACACGAAAAUAUAUCUCAAAAGUUAAUAUUUUAAAUUUUACAUUGCUUUAGAAAAUAAUCAGUUUUUUUUUUCAUUUCCUGAACAUUUUACAUUUUCAGAGAUGUGCCCUUUUCGAAAUUGCAUAUUCAAUUAAAAACAUCGAACGGUUGGUGUUAAUCUAUAAAAAUAUAAAAAUGAAUUGCUGUUCGUUAGUCUCGCUAAAACUCGAGAACGGCUGAACCGAUUUGGCUAAUUUUGGUCUUCAAUUAUUUGUGGAAGUCCAGAGAAGGUUUUUUUCUUUCUGGUCGUUCCCUCAAUGCUGAGGAUCGUGACUGUAUGUCAAUCUUCUCCACUCGGUCCGGUUCUGCGCCAUAUGUACCGCUCCCCAUAUCUGGCCUCCAGUCACCUCCUUGAGUUGGUCAACCCAUCUAACUGGCGCUCUUCCUCUAGCGCGCUUCCCCUCCAUCUGUCCGAGAAUUGUGAGUUUCUCCAGGCUGUGCAAUGAGGAUCGCAUUAUGUGCCCAAAGAAACUCCGGAUCCUUUUUAAAAGGUAGAUAAAUAAGAAAAUGCUCGGUAUUAAAUAAAAAUAACAAUUUUGUUUUUCCUUUGAUGUCCCCCCGUCGGACGCAUACCUUUUGUUUGUUUUUUUUUUUAAAGUUUAGGUCUUCUAUUUAUCGAUUGAGGCACUACGUAGUCUGCCGGGUCAGCUAGUGCCAAAUAAAACGGACCUUUAAUUACAAAGAUAAAUGUCGCGUGUUAAGCGAAAUGUGACUUAAACCAAACAGCCUUUCAACCUUCGAUUUAUAAAUAAUAAUGAUGAAAGAACACCUUUUAUAGUGCACUAAGAUAAUAUAUUUUAUGAUUAUUCAUAGUAUAUUCGUUUGGGGUAUAUAUAGGCAGAAGUUAAAUAAUGCGUUUCAAAUAAGAAUGUGCACGUCAAUGACCUUGAUCUGUCAAAAUUCGAUAAAAAGUAUGGACAGCAGCAACAACAAAACAUUAUAUAAAAAAUUUUUGUAAUGUUUUUGCCUAAUUAUAAAGACUAUUAAUAUGUUUGUUUUAAUGAACCGAACACACCUAUUUAAAUUUCUUGAUAAUAAUAUGUUGAGUACUGGUCGAGGUAAAUUUAACAUGAAUUUAGAGUAUAUUUAAAAAAAAACAUCUAUUUAAAGAACCAGGCAAAUCAACGUUGUCGAGCCCUAUAGUCUAUGGACGACGAUAAUGAUUACUCAAGCAGUGGGAUAAGUGGAAUCGGCAAAUUCGAAGAUUUGGAUUAUAAAUUAAUAUUAAAAAAUUCCUUCCUUUUUUUACUGACUAGUUUAUAUUUUCGAUUUGACAGCUAUGACGUCACAAUAUGGCGCAGGUCUGUGCACAUUCUUAAUUGAAACGCAUUUUAUACCUAAAAUUAUGUAUAUUGGUAAGAUGCCCGAACUGUGUGGAGUUUUAUGUGCUGUAGACGCCAUCUUGGCGUAUUUUACACGUUUUAUUUAUUUAUUAAUUGUUUAGGUCGUCUCGCCUGAAUGUAGAGAUCCCUGUAAUGAACCUCAACAUUAGGGGCGUAAGGUCGAUUUCAAUAUGUAUUUGGUUAUUUAUCUAAAAGGACUAAAAGGAUAUUAUGUGUAUUUUUGAACUGAACUCUUAAGCGGCUGGACCGAUUUUUAUGGUAUGUAUCAGUGAUGUUAUAGUAAAUUACUUUAACUCUUUUUACUAUAACAUAAUUGGUAUGUAUUUAAUCUUUGUGUACGCGAGUGGCUUGGAUGGUUUAGAUUUACAACUGGAUCCGACAGAUGGCGCUGCGUUUUCGAUUCCGGGAUUAUUUUUUUAAAUCGUAAUGGCCGCUCAACCCCUACCGGUUCUGUUAGUUUAAAAUUAAGAGAAUGUUUUAUUUAAAUAAUCAAUUGAAUGAUUUUAAUGUACGACCUGAAAUUUAAAAAAAAAAUUGUACGUGUUUAUAAAUAAAUAAUCGACCUUUACGCUUCCGAUGUAACAAAAUGUAUUUUUAGAAUUAGGUUAAAUUUGAAAUUCUCUGUCACUGAGGUUAUUAUUAAACUCAAAUUAUGAAUGUAGCGAUUUUGAGAUAACGGGCAAAGAAUGGAUCUAUCUACUGUGCUUAGUGCGAGUUUUUUAACGUUCUCGAUAGCGUAAAAGUUAAAAUUUGUAUGCAGUUGGAAUGUUUGCCUAAGUUUGCCGCUAGAGGCGCUGUUCCAACUCCAUACAAAUUCGAGUUAACUUUUACGCUAUCGAGAACGUUAAAAAACUCGCACUAAGCACAGAGAAAUUGAUUUGUCGAUGGUUGAAUGUUUUUCAAGAAACUCAUUAACUUCCAUUUCAAGCUAUGUUUAGAUACGUCGGCGCUUAGGUUGUAACACACUGCCCCACGAUUCAACUUUGCUUCGACUUUGAUUUAAUCUUACGAGUCUCAUACUUGUAAGUUUCAUUCAAUCCUUGCAUCAAACGGAUCUAAACGCACCAGUCAUUUCAUCAAGCUACAAGUCUCGCGCAAAACUGACAGCAAGCUUGGUGGUGUAUAGCUAAUUUAACUGUAAUGUUGACGUUUUGAUUGAGAUAGUAAGAUUUUUUUUUAAAUGUUUAAUGCAGAGGAUCCGUAUAGAAGGAAGGCUAAGGAAACUAGGGUGAUAAGUUGCUUUAGUGUCUGCAAUGCAAAAAUAAAUUCACCAAAAAUUAGCCUUAGCUAUAGAUGCUAGAAAAUACCAACUUAUAUUACUACAUACAAUAUACAAUAAAACAUUCGAAAAUCCAUUACUAUUAUACAAUGGAAGCAAACGAUAUGACCAAGCUAAUUAUAUUUCACGUCGCUCUCAGUGGAACACGUACUUUAAGAUUGCCUGUCGGAAUUUUUCUAUUGAAGUGACAAGAAUUUUGAAUUUAAAACGUUUUUGUAAUAAAUGUACUGUAUUAUUAACUUCGUAAAAUUUUGUAUGUGGCUUUUGUAAUAAACUUCCCUUCAGA